AGGUCUCUCCAACCACCAAACCCUUACUACCUAUACGGAGAAUGGAAUCGAAAUCCGCUGAUUAAACUGAAUUAUGAGCUCAAAAUUCAUUUGUUUAUUUGUAACUUUUAAUAUUAUAAAUUUUGUUAAUGUGGAUCAGUAUCUUUAUUAUGUGAACGGCAUUUUAAAUAGACAUGUCAAUGUUUUUAAUCUCUUUAGGCGUUUCCUUUGGAACAUUCGAACGAUAGCAACAGCCCUCGUAAGUUACUAUCAAAUAUUGAGAUAGAUUUCAACGGAGAGAAGGAAAAUAAUGUCCCUUCCUGAGUUUAAACCAGGUUUUUCUUCAUUUUGCACGACAAACACUGCUCCUUCAUGUCUUAACAUUGAGAACUAAAGCUUACGAUCUUUCUCUCGAUGUUGAAUUUGACAUCUUCAUGCGUUUCUUUAAACUGUAACGCUUUACAGGUUUUGAAGGUGAAUCGACCCGAAAUAUGUCUAAAAAUAGCUUGAUGCAAGAAGGUUCUAAUCACAAGAAGCUUGAAAUUAAGCAUUUGAAGAACCAUUGUAAAACUAGCUACUGACUCUUUGUCCAAGAAUGUAUUUUUGGCAUUCCUCCGUUAUUUCAAAGUCAAAGUCCGGAUCAUCCCUUACAAUUUGUUUAUUUACUGCUUAAUUAUUUAUAUUUCGCUAUUUGUUUUUCCAAAACGACGAUAUUUGGGCAAAUAUAGUCGGAUCUGUUUGUUUGUUUACGAUUCACAACUUUGUACAUAUAUAUAGGCUGUCUCAGGUUUUCUUUUUCUAUUAUUUCCGAUUACAAUUAUAUUUGGUGUUCAUAAAUCCUACACUAUGAAGAUCACUGAAGCUACUUCGGUUAUACUCUGCUCUCUCAAGGAGCUAGUUAAAUCUUGCGAAACACUAUUUACUAAAUACGCCAUCCAACCUUUCAAAUCUUUCUUCUUCAAUACAUCUAAACCAGAAGAAAUGCCCGAAUGCAUGGAUACACCCACAGCUAUUGAUGAACCCGCCGUUGCUAUUGAGGACGCUGAAAGCAGUAGUCAAGUAUACAAGGAAGUAGAGACCACCCAUGCUGCCUUGUUAAAAUCAGAAGCUGUAAAUGAAAUCAAAAUAACUUGCAAAGGUUCUUUUAAAAAUAAUAAUCAAAUUCACGAUGAUAAUUCCAAUGAUGUUGAUUCAAUUAUCCCUUCAAUCGAAAGUGAAAACGUUGUUUAUUUAAGCAACAAAUCCGCCGCAGACCGUUCGUCUUCUGUUGCAACUGAUGCUAUACCUAAUAUGAAAUUAUCAACAUCUUUUUCAAGCCUUUCCUUAAACGAAAUUGAUCCCGUGGAUCCCAGUCUCAUUGAACAAUCCCUUAUGAAGAUCUUAUAUAAGGACGUUAGUCCCUUUAAUACCGAGGAACAAAUUGCUGUUGGAGUUUCCAACAAUACUACACUAGAAGUUGAUCAUUUGCUUAAAGAUACAAGUACAAAUUUUACCAAGAAAAAUGUUUUAACUGAGAACACGAACAUGAAUGGAGAAUUUAAAAUUAAAGGGAAAUCCAAUAUGGACGGUAGCCAAACAUGUCAAGAUAAGCAUUCAGCACUGAAAUUGCCUUUUGAUGAUAUGAAUUUUGAAAUUGAUACUCAAUAUGACUUACUAAACAAAAACGUCUUUCUCGCUGUAGCGGAACCUCUAUAUAUCUCAUCAUCAAACAAAAAUUACGAAGAACGACGAAAUGAAAAGCAAGAUCUAUAUGAGAACGACAUUGGCAUGUUUGAGAUUAUUCCUUUUUCUUCCAGUGACAUGGAGGGUGAUUUGACGAGUAAAAGCGAUCAACUUUGGACGGUCAAGGCCGAGUCAAUGUUUUUGCAAGACGAAAAUCUUAAUUCUGAUGAAUUGAUUGAAUCUCAUUCUACUAAACUUACACAAGAGUUGCCUUACUCAGAAAAAAUCUCUGAAUUACUAUACGAUGACCUAGAGCAUGGAAGUACGGAAUCGGAUGUUAAUAUACUUACUUUAGGCGAUACUGUACCAAAUCUUACCCAAGAACUGCCUUGCGUAGAAACACUGUCUGAAUUAUUGUAUAAUCCCAUUGAGCAUGAAAACACAAAGUUGGAUGUUUUCAUACAAAGGACAAAUGAUGCUGAACCGGAGCUUACAAAUCUUGAAAUCAAUUUUAACAAAGAAUCUCUCUCAACUCCUAGUCUGGAUUCAUAUAUGUCACCAACAAAAACAGCUCUUUCAUAUCUGAUUCUGGGUCAUGUUAUAUAUUAUAUAUACCUAUCCAUUCAAUGGAUGUUAAGUUCAACAGCAAGACCAUUAAUUUUUUCCGCUUUACUCUUUAUGUUUGUCUUCACAAGAAUCCUGAAAGCUGAAACUCUACAAAACUACUCUACUAGUCAAACCGUUAAAUUCUAUUUAAAUCUUGUGACUUUAGGGACCCAUUCUGAAAAUUAAUGAGUAUUAUUAUACAAAAGCUUCACAAAGGAAGCAAAUUUCGAAACUUCUUUGUCUAUGAGAAGGAUUGGACCGGACCGGAUGAAUCGAAUAUAGGAGAUAUUUCUUUCAUCAAAUAGUUUCUUAUUAAACUCAUUAUAAUAAUUUUUAAUGCUAUUUUAAAGAACAAGUGAAUAAAUAAAUAAUAUAAAC